AUGGUCCUGCAGAUCCUGAAGAGGACCCGGUACCCAGGACUCCAGAACCAGCAGCUGGACAAUGCAGAGAAUGAGGGGAUUUCGUCUCCGGAGCAUGUCGAGAGGGUUAGGACUGGAUUCUCAUGGAGGAACUGCAACAUGGUCUCUUCCUCUGGCAUAGUCAGUCUUUUUGGCCCUCUUCUUCUUUGUCUUGACAAAGAUAUGAGGGCGUUAGGGCGAGCGGACGGCUCCCUCCGCAGGAACUUCUACAGUUCCCUGAACAGGAACUUAUACAGCUUCCACCACAGGAGCUUCUACAGCUUCCUUCACAGGAGCUUCUACAGGUUCCUCCACGGGAGCUUCUACAGCAGGUGGAGCUUGAACCUGCUUCAUGAGAUUGUUGAUGCUAAAAGAUAUAUGGCUGAAGUUCAGGCUAAUUAUGAUGAGCUGAAAAAGGAUGUGAAAGUUGGGUUGGAUACACAAGUAGGAAAGCUAGAUGACAUUCAACCAGGUGAUUCGGUAAGCCAAACAGGUAAAAGUUCUGUGUUAACUUCAAGUUCCAAAAUGAAACUGAAAGCCAAAAAGGCUGCUUUACUAGCGAAAGCUGAUAUGUUAGAGAGACAACAAUCACUCAAGAGACAGCAAGCGGAGAUACAGCUAGCACAAGAGAAACUAGAACUAGAGUGUGAAAUACAUGCAACAGAGGCUGAAGAAAAGGUAUAUGAAGAUUUUGAAGCUGAACUGACUCAAGGGUCACAUAUUCACAAGCGAGAAGGGCCUCUAAAGGGAUUUCAGAAUAAGACUUUUGACCAAAGACAUACAUCUCUUAAUCCAUUAGCUGGAACAUGGAUUAACAAAGCUUCAGCAGAUAAUAUGCAUCAUAGCUCGGGUAUAUCAGGACAUGUGCACACCAAUGAUGAAAACUUUCAGUCACAUCAGUCCGACUCAAAUGUCUGGCUUAUGCAACAGAAGAUACUAGAGGUAGUGCAGUUACCAAAAAGUGAGUUGAUCAAAUUCGAUGGUGACCCAUUGAGAUACUGGAUGUUCAUAAGUUCAUUUGAAACCAAUGUUGCUCAAACAUCAGUUAGUAGUGGUGCAAAGCUGAAUCGAUUGCUGAACUAUUGUACAGGCAAGGCUUUGUCAGUGAUUGAAUGCUGUUCAGUCAUGGAUCCUGAUGAAGGAUAUAUGGAAGCCCUGAGCCUUCUGAAAACACGAUUCGGAAGUCAGCAUGUGAUAGCAAAUGCGUGGGUGAAGAAGAUUAGCGAAGGUCCAUGGUUGCGACCUACUGACGUUGAAGGCUUGCGUAACUAUGCAGAUAUAUAUCCUGGUAUAGGACAGCUGGUCGACUUUGUACUGCGAGCUGCCGAAGAAGCAAAUGAUCCCAUAUUUGGAGUAGUAUCUGGAAACAGACUAAAGGAUGAUUCAACACAGAAUAGACCAAGAUCCUUUGAGAAGAAAGGUGUCAACUACAGUGUGCAAACAAGUGUGUACAAUAAACACUCUUCAGAUUCAUUUUCAGGUUUUCCAAUACCAAAUUGUCCAUUGUGCAGUGGCGAACAUGCACUCUUCAUGUGUCGGAAGUUCAGGGACCUGAAACCUGAGAAGAGACAUGAGUUUGUUGUUGAAAAGAGACUAUGCUUCAACUGUUUUUCGAAUAACCACAUGUCAAGAGACUGUCAUAAGCCCAGCAAGUGUCAGGUGCAGGGUUGUAUGAGAAAGCAUUCAAGAUUGAUACAUCUCCUGGCGAAACCAGAAACUGAUGUUCAUCAAACAUAUCUAAAGGAGAGAAACCUGAGCUCAACAGUGCCUAAACAAGAUAAACCAUUAAGGGUUGAAAGUUCUGCGUGCAAUGUUGUAACUCAAGGACCAAGGGUAGCUCUUCCUGUGGUAAGACUCCAAGUCUCGGUGAAGACUGGUAACAGAAAGAUAUGGACAUAUGCUCUGCUUGACAGUGGAAGCACAAACUCAUUCUGCUCCAAUGAACUAUUUGAUGAACUUGGAGUAGAUGUUUCUGAAACAUCACUAUUGUUGACUACACUGGAGAAAGUGAACAGCACAACGAGUACAAGGGUAGGAUCACUGUUGAUAACGGAUGAAGGGAACAGGACAACCAUAGAACUUUCACACGUAUUUGGGACCUCAAAUCUGUCCAUUUGUGCAUGUGAUUCUGUCAAACAGCAGAACGUUGAUGAGUGGCAGCAUUUGAAGGGUAUGGACUUUCCUAAAGUGGACAGAGUGCAUGUGGGUCUCAUCAUUGGUCAAGAUGUUCCAGUGGCGCUGACACCUAUUGAUGUGCGAAAGGGAAAUGACAAUGAACCUUAUGCCGUGAAAACAGUGCUGGGUUGGGUUCUGAAUGGACCAUUGAGAGUUGUCAGAAAUGGUGAAGUCAUCUCACAUUUUGUCGAUAUUGAUCAAAGACUUGAUGCGCAAGUUGAAAGAUUCUGGAAAAUAGAAAGGUGUGAAUCAUUGUCAAACAGCACAUGUGAAAUGUCGCAGGAUGACAAAAGGACAAUUGAGAUAUGGGAUGAGUCUGCAGAAGUUGUGGAUGGUCACUAUGAAAUAAAAAUUCCAUUCAGGAGCAGGCCUCCGAAUGUAGAGAAUAACUACAUUGUUGCCGAGAGUCGUCUUGAAUCACUUGGCAAACGCUUGUCAAAGGAUGACAAGUUGUUUGAAAAGUAUCAGUCGGGAAUCAAGGAAUUGAUCGACAAAGGCUAUGCUGAAAAGGUAAAGGAACAGGAUAUCAACAAGCCAGGUAAAGGUGUAUGGUAUAUUCCUCAUCACGCAGUUAUCAACGAACAUAAACCAGACAAGUUACGAAUUGUUUUUGAUUGUGCUGCAAAGUAUUGUGGAACUAGUCUGAAUGAUCAAGUCUACCAGGGCCCAGACCUUACGAACAAGUUGAUAGGAGUGUUGUUGCGAUUCCGUGAAGGUCCCAUAGGUAUUAUGGGGGACAUAGAAGGAAUGUUCCAUCAGGUGAAGGUACCAGAAUGUGAUCGAGACUAUCUAAGAUUUCUGUGGUUCUCAGAAGGGGGAAACAAUCAACCAGAAGUCUACCGCAUGACUGUGCACUUAUUUGGAGGGGUGUGGAGCCCAAGUUGUGCAAGUUCUGCACUUAGACGCACUGCAGAGGAUAAUAGUGCAACUUAUGAACCUAAGGUUGUGCAGACUGUUCUUGAAAACUUCUACGUAGAUGACUGUCUCAAGUCAUUAAUGUCAGAAAUUGAAACAAUUGAACAUGUUCAAAAUUUGUGUUCACUUGUAUCACAUGGGGGAUUCAAGUUGAACAAGUGGAUCAGCAACAGCAGAGAAGUGCUUCGAUCCAUUCCUGAAGAACAGACAGCAAAGGGGGUUAAAGGAGUUGACCUUAUUGGAGGUACAUUACCUAAAGAAAGAGCUCUAGGGGUUCUUUGGGACACCGAGAACGACGUCUUUGGUUUCAGAAUUACAAUAAAGAAUAAACCAGACACAAGAAGAGGAUUAAUGAGUGUGAUUGCGUCGGUGUAUGACCCAUUGGGAUUUGUUAGUCCAUACAUUCUUCAAGCAAAGAAGGUUUUCCAAAGUGAAACAAGACUGCACAAAGGCUGGGAUGAACUGUUGAAUCAAACAAACAGUGUGAAAUGGACAAAGUGGGUAGAAGACUUGCCCAAACUGGAGAACUUUAAGUUGUCCCGAUGCGUGAUCACUCAAGCAUCAGAAGAUGGAAGCUAUGAACUUCAUCACUUCUCAGAUGCUUCGUGUGAGGGAUAUGGUGCAGUAUCCUACCUUAGAGUGGUAAAUAACGAUGGGCCAGUUCAAUGUUUUUUACUCAUUAGCAAGUCCAGGCUGGCACCAUUGAAGCAAAUGACCAUACCGCGUUUGGAACUAUCAGCUGCAGUCAUUUCAGUAAAGCUGGACGUGAUGCUUCGUCAGGAGCUGAAAAUGGAAAUUAGUAGAUCAGUAUUCUGGACAGACAGUACAAUUGUGAUACAGUAUAUCAGGAAUGAAAACAAACGCUUUCAUGUGUUCAUAGCAAACAGGAUAGCUCUUAUCCGUGAGAGUUCAGAGCCAAACCAAUGGAGACAUGUGGGCAGUACAGAGAACCCUGCUGAUGACGUGUCACAGGCGCUGGAUGCAGACAAAAUGGUGUCCUCUGACAGAUGGAAACAUGGUCCUGAGUUUCUGUUUAAAGCAGAGUCUGAAUGGCCCACAAGUACCAAUCUCAGUCUAGAAAUUCCUGAUGGUGACAAGGAAGUGAAGAAAGCCACAACAACUUACACAACUGUGACGAAUGGCUGCAGAGAUCUGUUGUUUGACUUGUUUGAAAAAUACUCCACGUGGCACAGCCUAAAACGAGCUGUAGCAUGGAUCCUGAGAUUAAAAGGAAUUCUCUAUAAUAGGACUCACAAGAAAACGCAAUCUAAAAUGCUGGAUAGUGUGCUCAGUGUAUUGGAGCUGAAGAAUGCUGAGACUGCGAUAGUUCAAGUGUUGCAGAGAAAAACAUAUGAACAGGAGUUGAAGGCACUUGAAGCUGGGAAGCCAAUUGCAAGAAGUAGUACCAUUUAUCGACUGGAACCGAUGUUUAGUCCAAUGGGUGUCUUGUGUGUUGGUGGAAGGCUGCGAGCAGCACCUGUACCUGUUGAGAGCAAGCACAAUAUGAUACUGCCAAGGGAUAGUCAUGUUACUACCCUAAUUGUCAGACAUUACCAUGAAGUCUGUGGACAUUCAGGCAAAGAGUAUGUGUUGUCCCUUAUCAGACAAAGAUUCUGGAUACCUAAAGGAAGGAAGUUAGUGAGCAAACUUCUGAACAGUUGUGUUGAUUGCAAAAGACGUCAGAAGUCGCCGAAUAACCAAAGGAUGGCGGACCUGCCUAGAGACAGAGUGAGUCCAGGAGAUCCAGCAUUCACCAGUGUCGGAUUGGACUGCUUUGGGCCAUUUAUGGUGAAACGGGGCCGGUCUGAGGUCAAACGUUAUGGAUGCAUCUUCACAUGUUUGACAGCAAGGGCAAUACAUCUAGAAAAGUUGGAUGGAUUGGAUACAGAUUCUUUCUUGAAUGGAUUUGUAAGAUUCAUAUCACGUCGAGGAUGUCCGAAGACAGUUCGAUCAGACAAUGGAACAAAUUUCCGUGGUGCAGAAAUUGAAUUGACACGAUAUAUUGAUGCCUGGAAUUUGAAGAGAAUUGGAGAGUUCAUGAGCAAAAAGGAAAUCUGUUGGAUGUUUAACCCUCCUGCAGCUUCUCACAUGGGAGGUGCUUGGGAGAGACUCAUAAGGACAGUUCGUAAAGUCAUGAAUGCUUUGUUGAGGACGAACCGUCCACUGGAUGAUGAUGGUCUUCAUACUCUUUUUUGCGAGAUUGAGUCGAUUGUGAAUGGACGACCAAUCACAGUGGUAUCAGAUGAUCACAAAGAUGCUGAACCUCUGACUCCUAACCAUCUUCUGUUACUUAGAUCAGGUCCUGAUUUACCUUUGGGAAGUUUCCAAGCAGCAGAUGCAUAUAGAAGACGCUGGAAACAUGCUCAGUUCCUGGCGGAUAUAUUUUGGAAACGCUGGACGAAGGAAUAUAUGCCUUCACUACAAUUACGUCAGAAAUGGUUACUGCCAAAGAGAAACAUUAUGCUUGAACCUGCUUCGUAUGGUUUACGUUGA